AUGGCUGCCACCUCCAUCCCCAUCGUCAAGAAGCGCACCAAGGCGUUCAAGCGCCACCACUCUGACCGAUACCACCGUGUCGGCGAGUCGUGGCGCAAGCCCAAGGGUAUCGACAGCGCCGUCCGCCGCCGAUUCCGCAGCACCGUGCGCAUGCCCAAGAUCGGUUACGGUUCCAACAAGAAGACCCGUCACCUGAUGCCCAACGGCUACCGCCGCCUUGUGGUCUCCAACGUCCGUGACGUCGAGCUCCUCCUCAUGCACAACGGUGUCUACGCUGCCGAGAUCGCCCACAACGUCUCGUCCAAGAAGCGCAUCGACAUUCUCGAGAAGGCCAAGGCUCUCGGUGUCAAGGUCACCAACGCCAACGCCCGCGUUCGUGCUCAGGAGGCAUAA